AUGAAAACCCUCCGUGCGUGCAUGCUCACCUCGCCCACCCUGCUGGCCAGCCCGCCCCUGGCCGGGUCGGAUGACGUCAACGCCGGGAGCCAGCUUGCCGUGGGAAGCCCCGGGCUGGCGGGGCUUGGCGCCGGCUCCAGCGGCCUGCCUGCCGGCUCGGGCGGCAUCGGCAGCAGCACCUUCACGCUGCCCGGGUUUUCCAGCUCCUCCGGGGCCAGCGGCCCCGGUGGCGCCGGCGACGACUCCAUGCUGAUGCUUCCCUUGGUGCCGCCGCCCGGCGGCCCGGCCUCGGCCGGCAUCGGCUCCGCCACCAUGCCGGUGCCCCUGCACUAUGACCGGCUGCUGGAAUUCCACCGCAAGCACCAGGACAUUGUCCGGGUCCUGCGCCGGGUCCUGCGUGAUGACGGGUGCCUGCUGCUCACUCGCUCCGGGUGGCUCACGGUGCCGGACAAGGACUGGGUGCAAAUCGAGCACCCGGAUGAGGGGGCCUCCUCCGGGCACUCGGCCAGCGACACCUCCUCCGACGGGGGGGUGGCAUCGCCGCCGGCAGGCGCGCACCCCGGGUCUCGGGGCUCGGUGGCCCCCUUGUCCGAGCCGGAUGCCAUCAAGCUGGCAACCGGGCCCGGGGGUGAGCUCCUGGCCCAGCCCUUCCUGGCCCUGGCCGAUUUCACGGACCCCCCGCCGCGUGAGCUCCCCAGCGGCUUGACCGAGCGCGAGCGCGCCCAGCUGGAGAGCCUCCGCGCGCGCCGUCGCCAGCAGGAGGACGCCCUGCUGCUGGCGGAUUUGGACUAUCAGGCGGCGGCGGCGGCGGCGGCGGCGGCCACCUCGACUGCCGCCCUGGUCGCCUCGCCCGGGGCCCUGGGCGGAUCGCGCAUUCAGCAGCAGCAGCAGCAGCAGCAGCAGGCCCGCGGCGGCCUGCGCCAGCCCAGUGCCAUGUCGCUGAUGCUGGGCGGCCCUGUCGGGGCCGGGCCCUACGGCAGCCCGGGGGCCCUGCGCGGUAUGGGCCACUCGGCCAGCCGGGCCAUGUCCACGACCAGCAUGCUGGCCCCGGGCGGCCGUGCUGGCGGCCCGGCUGGAGCAGCUUCGCUCGGGGGCCGGACCACCGGCACCAUGCGCGCCGACUCCGUGUCCAGCUUCAUGUCCACCACGUCGCUGGAUGAGGAUGGCGGCGUGCCGGCGGCGGCCAUGGCCGGCGGCGGCGGCGGCGGCGGCGGCGGCGGCAUGCCGACCAACUCCAGCAUGAUGCUGUACACCCGCGGCCCGGGCGCCGAGCCCAUCCCCCUGCCCGCGGCUCUGACCCAGUCGACGGCCGCCAUUCAGGGACAAAUCCGCGAGAUCCGCGCCCUGACCACCUGCCGGCAGGAGCUGUCGGCCGCGGUGGCCAGCUACAUCGUGCAGAAGGAUUCCUUCCUGGCGGGCUUCGGCGAUGCCAUCGAGAGCAUCGAGGAGCUGGUUCUCCAGGAGCUGGCCCAGGGGUCGCCCGAUGCCAGCACCAGCGCCGGUCCGAGCGCUUCAUCCUCCUCCUCGUCUUUGGCGGCCACUGCGGCCGCGGCCGCCGGCGAUGGUCCUGGAUCCUUCCAUCGCACCAUCGAGCGCCACCGAGGCACCGGCAAUGCCGAGCUGGACCCAGCGCUGACGGUCUGGGUGGAGCAACACCGGGAAGACAACCACGUCACGGCCGAGGUGCAGGUUCUUGCACUGGAGGCUGCCCAGUCGGAGAUUGAUUUCCUCCGGGCCGCCAUCGAGCGCAUCAUCGAAGAAAGCCGAGCUCUGAACAAUGCUUUCACGGCCCAUGUCGAAUCCAUGCGGCGCUUCCAUGCCCGGUCGAUGCAGGAGGCGCACGCCCGCAUGGCCGGCAUCCUGGCCUGCCGCAUGGAGGACACCGCACGCCAGUCGGUCGUGUGCCAGCGGCUGGUGGAUUUGGAGAUGGCCGCCAUGGGGCACGCCAGUAUCCUGGGCCUGUCCCCGCCCAGUGGCAGCCUCACCACCAGCCCGCAGAGCCCGGGCCAGGCGGCGGCGGCCGGAGGCACGACAUCUUCCGGCCGCCGCGGCCGCGGGGCCGCAGGCCUUUCCACCUCGCCCUAUGACAGUGCUCGCGACCGCUUGGCGGCCAUGCCGGAGGGCUCCGAACUGCAGGACAUCUCCCAGCGCGUCGGAGCGGCCACCUCCGGCAAGCAAUCCUCCCGCCGGGUGCAAUCCUUCCGCCUGCCCUCGACAUCGGCCAUCGCCUCGGCCACGAGCAUCCCCCUGGCCAGCAUCUUCGGCAGCACCGAGUCCAGCUCCAAGUCCAAGUCCCACGCGCGGUCCUCCUCGGCCGGGAGCGCCAAGUCCUCGGCCAGCACGUCGCCGAGCGCCGGCAAUGCCGCGGCCGCCCCCUACGGCUCGGCCACCAUGCCCAUGGCCUGCGGCUCGGACACCACCACCACCACCAGCACCACCACCUACACCGGGCCUCUGGCCGGGGCCGGAGCCGGCCGGGCCCACACCGCGGUGGCGGCCUUCAAUCCGCCCUCCUCCGGCGGCGCGAGCCAGGCCAUCUCCCCGAGCUCCUCCAAUGCCGGGUCGCUGGUCCUUUCGCCGCCGGACCGGGCCGGCUCGGCUCUGUCCAUGUCCGGCCCGUCGGCCAGCGGGUCCAGCUCCACCGGCGCCUCCUCCAACAUUUCCCUCGCCUCGGUGUCGGUGACGUCGGCCUCGUCGGCCACGGCGGCCGCCGGCGCCCACGCGGCGGCCAUCGGGGCCACCGAGGCCGGCCUCUGGCCGGAGGGGUCCCCGGGCUUGGCAUAUGUCCAGGCCCUGGAGCGGAAUGUCGAGUCGGCCCGGAACUCCAUGUACUUCCUGGGCAUGGUGCUGGACAGCAAAAACGCCCGGCUCCGCGAGGUGGAGCUCCAGCUGGCCGACAUGCUGAGCCCCGGGGCGCGGGCAUCGGCCGAGGUCCUGGCCAACAUGUCCGGGCCCACGCCGCUGACGGCCCUGUUCCGCGAGCUGCCGGCCGGCGUGCAGACCGCCAGCGAGCUGGAGCAAGCCAUCAUCCUCGGCGACCCGGGCCUGGACCCGGCCCGGCACCCGAUCCUGGCCCAGCCGCCGGGCUUCGAGCGGUCGGAAGUCGGCCGGCUGGCGGCCAAGGCGGCGGCCGGCGCCAGCAUGGCCCCCUCGGAUGCCGGGGCCGCCGCCUGGGCCGGCGCCACGGCCGACGCCUACCUGACGGAAAUGCGCCGGGUCUUCCGCCGGGCCGAUGCCGCGCGGGCGCGAGCCGACGCGGCGGCCCUCCGCCGGACCCGGUCCGUCGGGGUGUCCACCGACGAGUCGACCAUCGUCACGCAGGAGCACCACGGCCCGGUGCAUGAGGGCCUGGCCGGCGGGGCGGCCGAGCCCGGGGCCAUGCUCGACAGCGGCUCCGCCCCGGUGGCGUCUGUCGGGCUGGCUGCCAUGCCCGGCGGCCGCCCGGCCGGGGCUACCGGGCUGCUGCCCGGCCGUCGUCGGACGCUGGGCUCGGACUCCGCCCGGCGGUAUGCCUCCUCGAGUGUGGCCCUCCCGCGGUCGCCGGCCGGGCCGAGCUCCCCGCAGGGCGGCCCCCCCGAGGGCGGCCCGGGCGCCGGCAGCACCACCACCACCGCCGGUGCCAGUCGCAUCAGCCUCAGUGAAUUGUCCCGGGCCCAUAGCAGCUCGGCCGGCGCGGGCCAUGGGGGGACGCCCGGCCGGGCUCGCUCGAGCAUCGCCCUCCGGUCGGCCUCCAGCCCCAUGUCCCCGUCGGGGCAUGGGUCCUCGCGAGCCGCCGGCGCCGGUGGCUCGCGCGAGUCCCUUGCCAGCCUGGCCUCGGUGACCGGGCGCCGGCGGACCGGCGGCGGGACCUCCCCCGGUGGCCUGGGAGCCACCGGCGGCGGGGCCUCCUCCGGGUCUCGGCCCCGGUCGCCGGCGGCUCCGGCCAGCGCCCGGCGUUCGUCUGCCACCGCCCGCGCCGGGGGGGAGUCCCUCCUGGCGGCAGACCGGGCCUUGAGCAGCGACUCGGCCCUCGCCCUGGGGGGGGCCGGCCAGGGGGGCCCCUCGGCGGCCGGCUACUCGCGACCGAACUUCAGCUCGGUCGCCCCGUCGGCCGCUCGGCGGGCCGGCAGUGGCGCCGGAGGCGCCAGCGGGGCUGGCAACACCCCCGGCGCCGGCACCGGCGCCAAUUCCGCGGCCUCCGAGGAGGCCGGCACCGCCGGCGGCCGGAUGCGCACGCGGGAAAUCCUCCCCUCCGGGGCCGGGACCGAGUCCUUCUCCCCGGCUUGGGGCGAGGCCGGCUCGCCCGCGGCCGGGGGGGCCCCGCUGGCCGAUGCCGACCCGGUGGCCCUCAUUGACGGGGCCGAUCCGCGACUCGCGGUGCACCUCACCGGCGAGGGGGCCACUCCGAUGGCUGUCCCGGGCGGCCGGCGCCCGGCCAGCAGCUCGACCACCUCCCUGCGCCUCUUCCGGGCGGCGCCUUUGGCCGCCGGCGGGCGCGGCGGCGCCGGGCCAGGCCAGCUGGCCGCCGGCGGGCAGCCGCCGGCCCGGGCCCCCGGGGGGGACCGCGUGCGCUUGACCGCCUCCGCAUCGGCCACGGGUCUGACCAUGGCCGGGGACUUGGGCCUGGCGCCACGGCCGGCGGCUGAGGUGCCCAUGCUGCCAGCCACCACCUCGCUCAAGGCAGCGCCCCCGGUGGCCGGCCCGGCCGGUGCCUGGGUGGAUGGUGUGGGCGGACCGCCGCCGCUGCAGCAGCGGGCCUCCGCCGCCGGCGCCGCCGCCGGCCGGGGCCUGGCCCUCGGUGGGGCCUCGGCGCCGGCGGCCGACCGCGGCCCCGACACCGAUGGUGGCCGCUCGACCCCCGGCCAGCCCAUGUCCCCGAUGGUCGGGGGGGCGGCUGCUCGCGCGACCGGGGUCGCCCGUGGCGCGGACCCGGACUUCCGCGCCGCCGGAAGCACCCCGGAUGCACUGCGGAGCCCCGCCGCGCCGGAUGCCGGCGACGAGGCCACCCCCUUCAACCCGCUGCGACUGCUGCGCGAUGUGGACACCAGCCCGGCUGCCACGCCCAGCACGGUUCGCCUGGGGGGCGGGGGGGCUGCCCAUGCCGGGGACUAUUUCGCUGCUCGGGAGGAGGAGCUCCAUGCCUUGCCGGCUGCCGCGGCCGCCACCGGCCCGGCGGCUGGCGGCCAGCUGCUCUCAAGCGACUUCGACGAGGAUUACGAGGAUGAUGCCGGGGGGGGGGCCGUGCCGCGCUUCGGCAGCCGCGAUCGGUCAUGGAUCGAGGCGGCCGCCGCGCGUGGCCACCGGGCAGCCAGCUUCCACCUCCGCGUCAACCGCCAGCUCACCGAGCGCUUCUCCCGGCCCGGGUCCACCGACUCCGGGGUGGAAGUGGACCAGGGGCCGGGCCCGGCUUCGGCCCCGGCCCUGGUCCGACCCCUGUCCCAGGAAACGGACCUGGAGCUGGACGAAAGCAGCCCCACGCCCACCCUGCCGGCCCUGCCGACGCCGCGCAUGGACGACUGGGAGGAGGGCCCCCAGUCCGAUGGGCAGGGCCCCUUCGCCGACGAGCGGGCCACACGGCCCUCGGCCUCGCCGGCGGCGGCAACCGUGUACCUGCAAGACUCCUUCCACAUCGUGGACGCCGCCGCCGCCGCCGCCGCCUCAGCCGCCGCCCAUGGGCCGAGCCGCGCGGCGACAGCCCACCACACCCCGAUGCCGGUCCUGCGCCGGCCCGCGCCCUCCACGCAGCAGCAGCAGCAGCAGCAGCAGCAGCAAGCCCGGCCGGGGCGCAGCCACCCGGCUCGAGAUGCGGACGCCACCGGCCAGAGGGACAUUUGA